AUGGAGAAACGACCGAGAGCCCUUCUCUUUGACGUUGGCGGCGUUUGCGUUAUAUCCCCGUUCCAGGCAAUUUUGGACUACGAGAAGGCCAACAAGAUACCUAUUGGAUGGAUCAAUUACAGUAUACAGCAUACCUCGCCUGACGGGGCAUGGCACCGACUGGAGCGAGGCGAAGUUCCUCUGGACGCGGCCUGGUUCAAGUCGUUCAACAGUGACUUCCGCCAUCUUCACCUAUGGAAGAAGUUCCUCGAGCAGUCAUCUACUUGGCCUACCGGGGAGAAUGACAAGAAGAUUCCUGAUAUGCCGAGUGUAGAUGCAGAGUAUCUGUACUGGGAGAUGAUGCGAGUUGCCCAAAGCCCCGAUCCAUACAUGUUUCCCGCACUACAGAAAUUAAAGGACUCCGGGCUGUUCAUUAUGGGUGCUUUAUCAAAUACCACUAUCAUACCCGAUGAGACAAGCAAGCUUGACAAGACGUCUGACCAUGCGGGCGAGCAAGUGAAGCGAUUCUUCGACUUUUUCAUCUCCAGCGCGCACACGGGGUUGCGCAAACCGGACCCGAGAAUUUACGAGCUUGCCCUACGGGAGAUUAAUGAUGCUAGGAAGGCUAAGGGGAUAGAAGGAGGAGAUAUUCGGGCGGAAGAGGUGGUAUUUUUGGACGAUAUCGGGGUGAAUCUGAAGUGGGCGAGGAAGGCUGGGAUGGGCACGAUCAAGGUCGAUUUGGGGCGCACAAGAGAGGCAGUGAAAGAGCUGGAGAGACGAACGGGCUUGACUUUACUGGAGAGCAAGCCGAUGAUAUAG